AUGCCCGCUUUCUUUGAUUCGAAUACUCAGAUCCCUGCGGCCCUCCACAACCAGCUACUGUCUGCGCUUGAUGACCUCGCGGCGGAUCCGGAUCGACUUGAACGGUCCCUCAAUCGUCGGUUCAACGGCGAACUGCCGCUACAAGACGAUGACGAAACUGAAAGUGAUAUCGAGCAAGAAGCUCGCGACUUUGAACUUAGCCAGCGCCCACACGAGGUGAUCCUGGCAGAGUACAGAGAUCUGAUUGAUGCGCCGCUCGACGGAGACGAUGUGGACAAGCUCGCUUUUCGAUUCCAUCAUGAUUAUCACCUCUAUGAACCCGGAAAGCGCUACGAUGAUGAAUGCAAUCAUGAGCGAGGGUUAUUGCUUGAGUUUUACAGAACUAAAUGGCCCGAUCCUAGGACCGAACGGUUCCUUGAGGGCGGCGAGAAAGGGGAGCUUCGGCGUAAAAUCGUCGCUCGGCACAUAAUCAAAAAGCGAUGGCAGCAUCUUGGGCUCUGGGAUGCUAAAUGGGGGGUUCCUGGGCGGCCCAACCGUCAGGAAAACGAUAAUGUAGCACGGUGGAGAUGGGCCUUUGAGCCGGAGCCUUUGGAAUUUGGCCAGGAUCAUCCCGCAACUUUGGCCACGCAUCGAAGUAAAGGCCGAAAGUUCGGGGAGCAUCAGAACCCACCACCGCCUCAUGCCCAUCCCAGAAGCAAAAACUGUGCGUCCCAACACGAAGCCCGUGACUUUAUCAUAACCCGCCCAUGGUUCUUGUGGGCGCAAGAGAAGAUGGAAUACAACCAUAGGCUAGAACGCAUUCCCUUGGCUUUUCUCGGCCGGCGCAGGCAGGAUGAACCUGAUGCGGUCAAAGAACUCUGGAAGCAAAGAGGUCACUGGCAUGACGACUGGGAGCAUCAAACAUUGUAUGCUGGACAGCCCGUUCCGGGUUGGAGAUGGCCCCACGAAGACUCAGAUCUGGAGCCUGAAAAUUUGUACGAUCUAGAUACCGAGCUAACUCCCUCAGAAACUGAUGCUCUCGAGGCUGUUGAUGCAUUGCGUCGGUCGCAGUCGGUAGAAUCCGUACAACAGCCCCCAACAGGGUUGACGGUGCCUCUGAAUUCGCUUUUCCCAGAAAAUACAUGUACGCAGCCGCCCGAAAAGCGUCAGAGAAAGUCGACGCGCACGAAGCGGGAGGGGCAGGGGGAGGGGCAGGGAUCAACGCAAAAGGGGCGCGGUCGUCCACCCAAGUCGGCAAACCGAGUCGAAAAGCCCAAGACGAAUUCUUUUGUCCCACAAAGGCUGUCCAAGGCAGAGCACCAACUGCCAAAGAUUACAGUCAAAGGGACAGAGCUGCCGCGACGCAGCGCGAGAAUAGCAGCUAAUGCUGCCGCAACAUCCGAGCCAUGGCCUACAUCGUUUCUGCGCCAGCCACCCAAGCAGCCCCUGCAGUCAAACACAACAAAAACAGGGGGCAGUAAAACCCAGCCGCUCCCUGCGCGAGCUCCCGCACCAGACGACCCCAAGAGGACUCGUGGUCGACCAGCGAAAGAAACAUCCUCCACGGAAUCCAAACGAAGAGGACGUCCCAGCAAGGUUGUGGCAGCAAGCGGCGUAGAGAAAACGAAAAGCCCGCCGGCCAAGCGCGGGAGGAAACCAGUGGCUUUGGUUGACGCCGCCGCGGGCAGUACUCGCAAGGGAGCAGGUACCGCCUCAGGGCGUGGAAGAGGUCGUCCAAGGAAUAGUGGGUGA